AUGUCUGGCAGCAUCGGCGGAGAUUUUUGGGCUGCAGCUGCCGGGCUUUCUGUUCCGACCCUCAGGGGUGCAGAUUACUAUGCCAUCUUGGGCAUCCCCAAGAAUGCCGACCAGGCAGCCAUCAAGAAGGCGUAUCGAGCCAAAUCCUUGGAGUACCAUCCGGACAAGUGCGCCGAUGACAAGGAGCAGUGCCAGACAAAAUUUAUCGAAGUGUCUUCAGCCUACGAGGUCCUCAGCGAUGCCGAGAAGCGGAAGGUCUACGACCAGCAUGGCGAAGAGGGCCUAAAGGAAGGGCACCAGUCCGACGAACAGGCGAAAGCCAUGUUUCGCCAGUUCUUCGGUCGCGAGCCGGACGGGAACGUCAGGAUCGUCCGCCGAGGAGGCCAGAUGAUGUUUAUGGAAGAAGGUGAGCCUGGACCCAAGGAGGACAUUUACGGCAACACCAACGUCACCGAGCUCACAUCCGACUUGUAUGGCUCGCAAAUCAAUGACCGUAUCGAGCCCUGGUUUGUUCAGUUCUACAAGCCGAAUAACGACGAGUCUCGGGAGGUGCGAAGCGAGUACAUCAAGUUCGCCGACACCUUCAAGGAUUUCCUCAACAUCGGUGCCGUCAAUUGCCGGCAACAGCGGGACGUGUGCAGCAAGGCCUCCAUCAACGAGUACCCUGCCUUCCGCUGGUUCGGAGAGGACAAGGGGACUCCUCCUGAGAUCUUCAGUGAGGGUACGCCCUCUGCCAAGAAUCUGGGCAAGUGGGCCAGCACCAUGAUGCCCGACUACACCACAGUCCUCCAGGACAAACACGAGUUGCGCAAGUGGCUUGACAAUGUCAAGGGACCACACAUUCUGUUGUUCACUGACAAGACGAGCUCUCCCCCGAUGUGGAAGGGAUUGAGCAGAGAAUUCAAUGGGCGAGCCUCCCUCGCCACCGUGCCGCGCUGCGACAGAACGGGAGUGUUCAAGACACCCCUGCAGCGGGAGUACGACGUCAGGAUACCUCAAGUUGUGAGGAUUGACCCUCUCGAUGAGAUCGGAAAGGUGACCGAGAAGUUCAGCUUGACUUUGAAGAAGGAGUCCCUGAACCUCUGGUUCAUGAAGGCCAUCGCGCUUGGAAAGAAGGCCGGACCUCAAGCCACCUUUAAAGAGCUCUCGCGCGACCGGAUUGAGGCGGGCGACUGCGGGCCAACAGACAGCCAGUUUUGCUUCUUGUGGCUCAAGGCCGGUGCAGAUCCGGCCGUAGAGGAGGCCACCCGGCAGCUGGCACAGAAGUACCGAAGAGAUCCGAUCAAGAUGAUGUGGGCCAACGUGGAGCUGAGCCCUUCCAUCCUGGACGCGUUUGACCUGCAUGAAUCUGACGCAAGUGACUUCUUCGUUGCUUUGCGAUCAAAACGAUCUCGGUUCAAGGUUCACACGGGCGAACUGCGCUUCGAGGAGUUGGAUGGCUUCGUCGAUGGGGUCCUAAACGGCGGACCGCUGCCUGGAAAGCUGAAGGUACGGCCGUGUUUGCACUGGUCGCAAAAAUCUCAACGUCCAGAUAAAGAGUUUGAUCUUUUGGCCAAGUCUGCGCCUAUGUCCUGCAUUGCGGCGAAGCCCUUGUCACCGCUGGAGCUCUAUGCAAGAGCGCUGCCCGAUGACGCGGACGUUGCUCCACUGCACUUCCCCAUGUACACAGUCUCCGUGGAGCGGCUGCUGAAGAUGACAGCAGUUGAGCCGCACGAGAAGCUGAAGGCCAGUGGCGAACUCGUCGUCUUCCACAGCGAUGGUGGGAAGAAGGCGGCCUUCGUGUCACACCAGUGGAUAGCAAAGGAGCAUCCUGACCCCAAAUUCAAGCAGAUGGCUGUUCUGCAGGCUGCCUUGAGGCGGCUCUUAGGAGGCAAAGGCUUCGUGCGCCUGGACCCGAUCACGGAAACUUUCGUGGCCACCGCCAAGCCUUUUCCUUUGAAAGACUUGCAGAACCACGAAUGGUUCAUCUGGUAUGAUUAUUUCUCGUGUCCACAGCUGGAGAAUCGGAAGUACACAACAGAUCUUGAGGACGGCAGCCAGCAGGCCACUGCCAUCAACAGCAUCCCAGCCUAUAUAGCGAGAUGCCAUCUCUUCCUCGCACUUUGCCCAGUGCUCGACUGCCCCGAGGAGUCCAAAGUGCUCACGUCUGGGACGUGGAGUCGUAGAGGCUGGUGUCGCGUUGAGCGCGCUGCAUGGGAGCUGUCCCCCGAUAGCACAUGGAUUCUGAUCCAAAGCGAAUCCUCCAUUGAAGCUGUUGGCACGGUGGCAUCCUUUGUGUGCGGAUCUGUUGGGGAAGGCGAGUUCACAAUUGCCGCUGACCGGCACCUGCUGGGACCGGUCAUGCAGCAAAUCAUACUCCGAAAGCUGAUGCAUUGCCUUCGACUGGGUGACUUGCCAGCUUUCCGUCGCUACUUCAACCUCCAGGGAGUUCAUCUGCGAGGGCUGGAGAUCGAGCCGCUCGGUGGAUUGCUUCCCAGUUCCAGUGAGGGGGCUGCGGAUGAGGCCCUGGUGGAGUUCUUGCACCAGAACGGCUUCAGGAGGGUCGACGAAAAGGACAGUGCAGGUUGGCGACCGCUUCAUUACGCUGCAAUUGCGGGGAACACGAAAGUCUUAAGACAAAUGUUGGAGAGGAAGGUAGAUGUGAACCAGCUCACAUCAAAAGAUGAGCCUCAGCUGGGCUUUCCCCUCUGGAUGUCUGCAUUAAGCUUUGCAGUAUUCUACAAGCAGCAUGACACUAUCCAGUUGUUGCUGGAUGCAAAGGCCCUUCUGAAAAGCGUGACUUUUCAGUCCAUUGACUCAGUCUCUUCGGACAGUGCCGAGUGCGUGCGGCUCCUGUGCGCCGCUGGUUCCCAUCCACUAAGCAAGAACUUGUUGGGCUUCACCGCUUUGCAGACUGCGGCUGCUUUCGCAGCGACCAUGUCAGUACAGGAGAUGGUGGCAUCGCACCAACUCAGCCCACUGGCGCUGUCCCAGGCACUCUUCCACGCCGCGGCUUUCCGCGGUGGCACGGCUGAGCUGAUCCAACAUCUGAUGGAGCUGCGCGCUGAUCCCGAUUUCCAGUUCGGUCGGAAUGAUCUGAGACCUGUGGGCCGCUUGUUCUAUGCCGCGAAGUCCAUGCAGCACUCACUCGGCCGAGACACGGCGUUGUCAGCUUUUGCCUACCACUUGCAGGGCAGCACUCCUCUCAUGCAGGCCAUCAGAUCGACUCAGUACGAGGCCGCCGCAACUCUGAUCGCAGCCGGUGCCAGGCUGGAUCUCCGGAAUUGCCGGAAGUGGCAAGCGGCCGACUUUGCCCGGGGACAGGCGAUCCCAGAUUUUUUAAAGCAGGGCUUGGACGGGGACACAUCCGAAUGUCAGAGGGUGUCUUCGCUGGCCCUUGCUGGUAGCUAUGUCAAAGUUCCUUUGUAG